AUCAAAAUAAUCUAGUUCACUCUCACUAGCCACCAUCAACUAUCAUCAAUUCGUGUCAACUCAUUAAUCAUCACCAACCACCACUUUCCAACAUUAACCAUGAGAAAUUGGAACAUUAACUUUGAUAAAUUAUCAUUUUAAGUGUUACGGGUCUUUGUGUUAUUAAUGAUUUGCCUUAUCACUAUUAUUUAGUGUUUCUUUUAUAUGGGCCUUAAAAUUUUACGGUUUAACGAUUCUAAUUUUACCCUAGUUUUUAUUUUACAUAGAAUCCUGACAUUGACUUCGUUGCUCUCCAUAUCUAUUUCUCCAAGGUUGAGUUGCUGGAAAAUUCUCUUUAUCUACCCUCUAACUCGUGUUUUAGGUUUUAGAUAAAACUUGUUUGAAGUCUCCUAUGAAAAAGCCAAAAAAAUCCUUUAAAUAGAGUUGUUGUCGUGCCCCAACAACUUGUUUGAAGUCUCCUUGAAUACAACCAUAUUUAUGUUUGUGUUACCAUGUUAUGUGUAUAAAGGGUGGGCAUGACCAUGCCUCUGACCGUGUUUGGCUCUUAAGUAAUUUCAUCUCCAUUUCGUAAAAGAUUCUUAUUUUUUUCAGCCCCACAGCACGCCCACCAACAUGGUCAUGUUCUAGGUCAUGUUGGACUCGAGAAUUUGGUUCCAAAGACGUCCACAUGCAUUUCAAAACUUCUCGAACUCUAUUUUUUCAUUCUUUAGUGUAAUUCUCGUCAAAAAAUCAUAUAGUUCAAUUCCAGUGGUCGGAAACACAAUAAAACAACAUACCAAGUACAAUUAAUCUCAACAGGAACUGCCCUAUCCUCACUCACUGUCUAUUUGCCGAUGAUAUAGUUAUCUUUGGCAAGGCGACUCUGGAGGAGGCAACCAGAAUCAUGGGCAUCAUUGAUGAGUAUGGAGCAAUCACGGGACAUGAAGUAAAUGGGUCAAAAUCGUCGGUUUUCUUCAGCUAUAAUGUCCCUCCAACAGAAAAAGAGGAAAUUAUCAACACCAUUGGUUUUGUGCCCACAAAUUGCCACUCUCAGUACCUCGGCGUCCCUACAGAAUGGGGAAGAUCAAAGAAAGAAACUUUUACUUUCCUGAUCAGUAGGAUGGAGAAGAAAGGAGACAGUUGGAAGAGUCUUCUCCUUUCCCCUGGCGGAAAGGAAACCCUUCUCAAAGCCGUCUUUCAGGCAAUCCCCACAUACAUCAUGUGUCUCUUUCUCCUGCCUGGUACCACCCUGAAGAAGAUGGACUCCAUGCUUAGAAGGUUCUUUUGGCCGGGCUCACUUUAGAAGAAGUCCAUCCAUUGGUGUCAUGGGGACCGACUUUGUGCUCCUAAAGAGGAAGGAGGGAUUGGAUUCCACUCUUUCAAAGAGUUCAAUCUUGCCUUGUUAGCAAAGCAAGCAUGGAGACUUCUCACGGAGCCACGGGCUCUUUGGGCCCGCUUCUCUUCUUCCCAGCCUCGGAUUUUCUGACUGGCCGAAAAGGCGGCAAACCAUCAUGGAUCUGGUCUAGUCUUUGGGAAGUUAGGAAGCUGCUGGGAAAGAGUACUGUUCGGAUCAUUGGCAAUGGUAGGAACACGAGAGUGUUCCAAGACCCUUGGAUCCUCUGCCUCCAUGGGGAAAAUCUUCUCUCUUCCGUCCAAGGUUAGAUGAAGGUGGUGGAUCUGAUUGAUCUCAACAGUAGGAAGUGGAACGACUCCGCUAUCAGGACAGUGAUUGAGCCCCACCAAGAGGAUAUGGUCAAACAAAUCCCCAUUGGGAGGGAUGAUGCUGAGGAUUUCUGGGCUUGGAGAUUCACUUCUACCGGGAGCUUUUCGGUCAGUUCGGCUUACCAUUUCUUCCAUGACAUCAAAAGAGGAGUCAUAAACAGUGUGAACCCCUUCCCCACGACUGAGAAGGAGAAAUGGAAGUGGCUCUGUCCCUCCAAAGAUGUGUUUUUUCAUUUGGAGAUGUGCUCGAGGUGCCUUGGCUACAAAAAGGAACCUUCACAAUUGGAGCUGCUCACAUCCCCAACAUGCCAGGUGUGUAACGCGGAGGAUGAAACUAUCCACCACUGCUUGUUUGGGUGCAAGCAUGCUACUGAUUCCUGGGAGAACCUGCUCCCAUACCUACCCACACCGCCGAUUUCGGUUGGUGUCCUCGACUGGCUGUUAGACAUGAAAGACUUUCGAAAUGAUGGACCCUGGACACCCUCUACCUGCACCAAGGCUGCUAAUGAUUGCUUCUCUUGGACGUCAAGCCCAAAAAUCCCCAGAGGCUUUUCCUUCCACCCCUUGCCAGCCCAUCAACCCCCUGAACCAGAUUCCCCCACCGCUGAGCAAUCCCUCUUUAGAGAUUCACUGUGAUGGAUCAUUCAUAAAUGAUUCCGAGAAGGCGGCUUAUGGCGUUGUUGCGAUCAACGAGCAUGGAGUUAUCUGCGAUGGGAGGGCAGGCGCUCUUCUUUGUUCUUCACCCUUGGAAGCGAAAGCAAAAGCUCUUCUUGAGGCCCUCUUGCUUGCCUGCCACCUCUCGGUCCCAUGUUGGAUUAGAUCCGACUAUUUGCCUUUGGUCCUUGCUCUCUCGGCUCCUCAUGAGUCGUGGCCAUGGAGAAUCUCUGCUUGGUUAGGGAUCAUGGUGGACAUUCUUGCGAGGCACCCGAGCAUCAAGGUCACUUUUUUAGAAGGAAGCUCAAUGCUCGAGCGGAUUGGGUGGCAUGUUCAGUUCCACGGGAUGAACUCCCACGGGAUUGGAUUUUGAUUCUUAAUAUCAUUGUGCCUCUCCUUGUUCAUCUUUAGGAUUUUGUAACCGCUUCCUGUGGUAAUAAAUGAAGUUUUCAAGUAAAAUAAAGUACAAAGAUGGCAAAAGUAUAUAUAUUGCUAAAACGAAAAAGCAAAAGACGCCUAAAAGGAAGUGAAAACAUUUAUAAAACUCGUUUUGUACUAGAGUAAUGAAGUAUUCUAUACAAACUUAAGAGUUUACUUAGUCAUUAGACUUUAAAAAUUACUCCUUUAAAAUGUAUAAGAUUUUGUGGUUAGCUCUCAAUGCAUUCAAAGUCUACCUUCUAGGUAGAAAAAAAAUUAUUGGUAGAAGUGGAAGAAUAAAAAUGGUCAGUGCCAUGCAGGCCGCUACUCUCUAUGCACGCGCCAAAUUCUAACUACCCCACCUUGAGCCAAAAAUAACUCAAGAUAGUGUUGCUAGUACAUUUGACCAAGGUCGUAUUCCACAGAUCCUAGUAUCCUAGGCUACUUAGACUCGGUUUUUAUCUCGUUGACAUGUUACUUAGCAGGUGGACUAUUGGGGAUUAAUGAACGAGAGGACAAUAAGAGAGAAGAUGUGCUUGGGGUGGCUUCCUUUCCCUAACCGCUGGAGAUAACAUGCAAAAGGAUAGAAGGAUGAUCCAUGGUAAUUGAGGUGCGGAGAUCGCUAAUAUGGGAUUGGCUCAAUGGUCAAGCAACCAAUCCCCCUCCUACACUGAUCCACUAGCCCAAUGUCACUUCAGCUAGCUUCACGAUGGAGGGAUAUAACCUAUCUCCUCUAAAUGGGUUCUACUUAUCCACACACUAGGACGUUAAGUUGAUGGUCAUGCACUCGAUGCCCUAGCAUUGUCUAGGUGGACGCCUAAUAGGCAGGGGUACGAUCAUCUCGUCCACCAUAUUAGACUCCUAUGAUCAACCAUCCAAACCAAUCAUGCCAAGACCGCUCAAUCCACACAUAUCUUAGACCAAACCCUAGCUAGGCAAUCAUAGAUAGCACAUGGAGAGACAAAUCCAAAGCAUAAUAAUCAUAGAUGGAGCAUUAAAGCUCUAGGUAAACACAAUUCAUCCAUAAAUCACAUGAAAGAGGAUGAUAAAUCCGUACCACCUAAGUUUCAACUAGGGCAAAUGGGAUACAAACAAUCCCACACUACUUGAUGUAAAGAAAGAACAAUCAUCAAAUAGACAUAGAUAAAUAGGUUCAUAAUCAUCCAUAAAUCAAGCCAAAAUGUCCAAUUACAUAUCAAACUCUAGGUUAGCAUUUGGGAGACUAAGCCCCAAAGUAUUGAGGAACUACCCCUUGUAGGGGGGAAGAAGGGGCAUGGAUAGAGGGAAAGAAAUCAGAAAGAAGUGUCUUCUUGUACUGCUCCUCCUAAGCUUUUCUCCACUUCUUCUACUAUUCUUCUCCAACCUUUUACUUCUCUCUCUAACCUCACUCUAGAAUAAAAAAAAAUCUGCAAA